AUGACUGGAGAGGAAAGCAAUUCAAAUGGCGGCGAGACAGUGGAUCCAACGACACAGCAACAGCCGAUGUCGAAAAGGCAAGUGAAGAUAAAAAAGUUGGCUGAGUGGGAAAUCAAAAAGAAGGAGAAAACUAAGGAGCGUGCAAAAUAUAACAGAAAAAGGCAGAGGGCGUUCGCCAAAGGUCUACCGACCAGAACAGGUCCCGGACGUAAGGAACUGAAGCGUAACAAAGCCGAAAACAGCGACAACUUCCUCCAGAUCAUUGUCGACUUAGACUACGAUGAUCUAAUGAUCGACAAAGACGUUGCGAAAUGCGUUAAGCAACUUCUGCGAAUUUACACAAUUAAUCGCCGAUCGAAUCGCCCUGCCAAGUUGCAUUUCGCUGGCGUAAAGGAAAACGGAAGGAUACACAAGUGCCUGGAGCGAAACGACGGCUAUCAAAACUGGGAUGUGCAUUGGCAUUUAAACCCUUCACGGAAAUUUGUGAUAAAUCCCAAAAUUGUGUUCUUGACCAGUGAUUCGGAUAAUGUGCUCAAAGAACGUGAGGAAGACGUUUUUUACGUGAUUGGAGGAAUUGUGGACCACAACCAUCAUAAAGGACUGUGCCUUGACCGAGCGGAAAAGUUGGGGCUACGAACUGCCAGGCUACCCCUAAAUGAUUAUGUUGACAUUAAAACACGAACUGUGUUGAGCACGGUUCACGUAUUUGAUAUGCUUCUGAAUGUGUCGAUGGGGAAGCCUUGGCAGCAGACUAUAUUGGACAUACUUCCGAUGCGGAAAGGGGCAAAGGCAAAGGACGCAACUGAAAAUGAUAAGAAGUGGAAGAAACUGAGGCAGAUAAGGUUGCUGAUGACAGUCAACAAAAGUAGAAAUCCCUGAAGAUGAGGACCCCAAAAGCUGAAUAACAGCUAAAGUUACAUUUUAGGUGGCCAAUAAAUUUCUUAAAUUCACAAGAAC